AUGGAAAACAACAACCAAAGUACAGCCAACUGCUCUUCCUGCCAUGCACCUUUACCCAUUGAUUCACGUCAUCAUACCUGCCAAGCAUGCAGAGAACGAGUAGCAGCAUCUCGCCGCAGACGUCUUGCCGAAGACCAACAAGAAGAAGCUAGCGUUGCUACUAGACCUAGAGGCAGACCAAGAAGAACAGUCGAGUCCGUUGAUGCUGAAAGUAGACCCAGAGGCAGACCCAGAUCUGACCAUACCAACAGUAUGCCAGCCGCAUACAUCUCACAGAUAUCCCGCCUUCGUCCUUUGGACCUUGGACAUGAAAGGCAAGAGAUAUCUUCAAUGAGAAAUCCCAGCUGGGAGUCAUGCUGCAAGCAGGGGUCAGCCCAGUUGCAACUCUUGCCUGAUCCACCUGAGUACUUGAAGAACUUGCUCGAACGUACGGAAACUCAAGGCCGUCACUUUAAGGACAACCUUCGCCAGUACAACGCUGCCUUUGCCUUUACUUCGUUGGGCUGCGAUAUUGUUUCGCCUGAGGAUCGUGCCAACAACAACAACAACAACAACAGCAGCAGCAGCAGCAACAACAACAAUAACAAUAGAG